AUGGAGCUCCUGAUCCUCGUCCUGCUUCCCGUGGCCUUUCUGCUACCCAAUGGGUCUCAGGCUGGAGAGAUCAUCGGGGGACAGGAAGCCCAGCCCCACUCCAGACCCUACAUGGCCUAUCUGAAAAUACAACACAGAUGGAAGAAGUAUAUUUGUGGAGGGUUCCUGGUGUCGGAGAACUUCGUGCUGACGGCUGCUCACUGCAAGGGAGACAAGAUCACUGUGUACCUGGGAGCCCAUAACAUUAAACAAGAGGAACAGAGUCAACAGAAAUUCUCCGUGCGCCGCUGGAUCCCCCACCCACAAUUCAGCAGAGCGACCCAUAACAAUGACAUCAUGUUGCUGCAGCUGGAAGAGGGAGCGAAGCUGAACAGAUGGGUGGAUUCUAUCGCCCUGCCCCAUGCCAGCGAGAUAGUAAAGCCAGGGGCUGUGUGCAGCAUCGCCGGCUGGGGCAGCACUAGCACAGAGAGUGCAUCGACCCCGGCCAAGCUCCAGGAGGCGGACGUGGUGGUGAUGCAGGAUGCCGCAUGUCCGAGGAAGCCUAACGGGCCAUAUCAUGACUAUAACUCCUCCACCAUGAUGUGUGUGGGGGAUCCAAAGACGGGCAAAGACUCUUGGGAGGGCGAUUCUGGGGGCCCCCUGGUGUGUGGGAAAACAGCCCAGGGCGUCGUCUCCUGGGGGCCUCCCACCCCUCCCGGGGUGUACACCAGAAUUUCCACCUUCAUCCCCUGGAUACAGGAGACGAUGAGGAGGCUGCAGCCCAUGGCGAUAAUGCUGAUCCUGAUCCUGCUGCCCGUGGCCUUUCUCCUGCCCCCCGGAACUGGGGCUGGAGAGAUCAUUGGCGGACAGGAAGCCCAGCCCCACUCCAGACCCUACAUGGCCUAUCUGAAUAUACUACGCGGAGACAACAGGUUUCGCUGCGGAGGGUUCCUGGUGUCGAAGAACUUCGUGCUGACGGCCGCUCACUGCAAUGGAGACAAGAUCACUGUGUACCUGGGAGCCCAUAACAUUAAACAACAGGAACAGAGUCAACAGAAAAUCCCUGUGCACUUCCGGAUCCCCCAUCCAGAAUACAACAGGGAGACCCAUAUGAAUGACAUCAUGUUGCUGCAGCUGGAGCACAAGGCAGAGCUCAAUGAACAGGUGGGGCUCAUCCCUCUCCCCCCGGCUCAUCAACGAGUGCAACCAGGGACCGUGUGCAGUGUCGCCGGCUGGGGCCGCACAAGCGCACUCAGGAAGGUGCUCCCCAAUAUGCUCCAGGAGGUGGAUUUGAAGGUGCUGGACGAUGAGGCCUGUCUGAAGUAUCCUGGUGGGAUAUAUCGUAAAUAUAACACCCGCACGAUGAUGUGUGUGGGGGACCCAAAGGAGCACAAAGCCUCUUUCAAGGGUGACUCUGGGGGCCCCCUGGUGUGUGGGAAAACAGCCCAGGGCAUCGUCUCUUGGGGACCUGACAAUGGGAGCCCCCCAAGGGUCUAUGUGAGACUCUCCACCUUCAUCCCCUGGAUACAGAGGAUGAUGAAGAAACUGCAGCCCUGAGCCGUGCUGGGAAUCGCUGCAGGGGCUGGAGCUGCGUCGCUUCUGUCCUUUGCAUUGGCCCAGAUGUAGCGGCUGCUUUGCAGAGGGGUUGACUCCCCGCAGGCUGAUCUCCCCCACCCCAGACAUCGCUUCUCUCAGGCAGUGCCCAACCCAUGAGUAUCAGAGUAGGGAGCCUGGGGGAGUUAGGAGCCAUGUUCAAUUCCAACUCCCUUAGCUCCCUUGGCAAUCCCAACCCAGGCCCUUAGGCUGCGUCUUUGCUAGGGAAUCAGCUGGUUUAUUUCCCCCGGGGUAACGGACAUGAGCCAAACCCUGGGGCAGACACAGCAGCUUGUAGCCCUCCCACAUGUCAACCAGUGGAGUGACCGUUUAUGAGACAUCCUGACCUGUUAACUCCUGUUAAAACUGCAGCCUGCCCUGUCCUCAUUGGGCCUUUUCCACAUUAUUUCCCCCGGGGUAGCCACCGCUCCUUCCAAAGACACCUGUUCCCAGGACUGAGAGCAGGAGUUUGUUCAUUGGAAGGGAAAUUAGGAAAUUAUGCACUGAACUGAUUUCAUCUGAAAUGACAACUCUGAGCGCCUCUUUCUAACCUCCCCUGUCCUGCCCUGCUGUGCGGCCUGGUGCAUUUCGCUUGCUCCUGCUUAGCCAGCAAUGAAUAAAAAUGAAGUUGCAAACAA